GACUUCUUCAAAAUCAAGAUGGCUCAAGAAUUAACACACCCUUCCAUCAAAGAUGGCUGGUUCGCCGAAAUCUCCAACACUAUGUGGCCCGGUCAGGCAAUGUCCUUGAGAGUUAAAAAGGUUUUGCACGCCGAAAGAUCCAAGUACCAAGACGUUUUAGUAUUUGAAUCGACUGACUACGGUAAUGUCUUAGUUUUGGACAACUGCAUCCAAGUUACCGAAAGAGACGAAUUUGCCUACCAGGAAAUGAUUGCCCAUUUAGCCAUCAAUUCUCACCCAAACCCCAAGAAGGCCUUGGUCAUUGGCGGUGGUGACGGGGGUGUUUUGAGAGAAAUUUUGAAACACUCAUCCAUCGAAGAAGCGUGGUUGUGCGACAUCGAUGAAGCAGUUAUCGAGGUUUCGAAAAAGUACUUGCCAGAAAUGUCCAAGUCUUACGCUGACCCAAGAGUCCAUGUCCAUAUUGGUGACGGAUUUAAGUUCUUGGCCGAGUACAAGAACCAAUUCGAUGUUAUUAUCACUGACUCUUCCGACCCUGAAGGACCUGCUGAAUCAUUGUUCCAAAAACCAUACUUUGAACUUUUGAAAGACGCAUUGACUGAAAAGGGAGUCAUCUCCACCCAGGCAGAAAACCUCUUUCUCCACAUGCCAAUCAUCUCUCAAUUGAAAAAGGACUGUCAGGCUAUUUUCCCAGUGGCUGAGUAUGCUUAUACCUUGAUUCCAACCUAUCCUUCAGGAUCCAUUGGAUUCAUGGUGUGCUCCAAGGACAAAAAUGCCAAUGUCAAGAAGCCCGUCAGAUUCGAGUGGUCUGAUGAGUUUGUAGCGAAGAACUUGAAAUACUACACAAAGGAGAUCCACGAAGCAUCGUUUGUUUUGCCAAACUUUGCUCACCAAAUUUUAAACAAAGAUUGACGUUCCUGAUUCUCAUGAAGAUGAUUUGAUGUAAUGAUUGAUGAUUUAAUGACGAACACAGUAACUCUAUUUAUUAUCUAUAAAUAAAUAAACACAAUCUUUGUUACACAUUUGAGGUCAGUAAACGAAUUGAAAGUCCAAUCUUUUAUUACCGAGAUGAGCAUUUUUCUGAAUGUAUUCAUGCUGCUCAUCGGGCGUCAUAGCAUUCCAUUUCUUUGACUUGUAAUUGUUUCUCGCAAUGUAGUAUUGUCUCACAAGCAAAAAGAGGGGCACCAACACAAGCGUUAUGAUGAAUAAGGUCCUGUUACCAUUCUUGUAAAGGGGGUAAUCGUCAGCCUUGUAGAUAUUAUUGGAGUAGAUACUUCCCAAUUGCACAAACAUAUUGUAAAUGGCUGCGGCAAUUGAUCUGGUCCGAAUACUGUUUGCGUUUCUGGAGGCCCAUGAAACACAAAUGGCAUGGAUAUACGGCUGACCCGCCAAUAUGGUAUACAACGUCCAAGUACCCCAAACAUUGAUAUUUGUACCUUUCCACCAGGUCAUAGCUGCCAAAAUAGGCAAGUUCCAAAGCGGCAAGAUCAAUGCGAAUAAUGAUCUCAGAUUAACCUUUUCACUGGCCCAGGUUAUAAUGAGCAAAACAAUAAUGUGAAUCACAUUUGCAGGAAUCGUCAAGACGUUGACGUUGAAGGUAGAAAAUCCAACCUGCUUGAGAGUCAACGUCAAGUAAGGUCCGGUUGUGUUUAAACUGGCAUAAGCAAAGAGUCCAAUGAGAUAGAUAGGCCACACAUCAUAAUCCGUCAACGACAUCCAAAGGCCCUUCCAGUCAACAGCUUGUCUGUUGUUCAUGUCCCCUUUAGAAGGAUCAUCUCUCAAUACUCUAUUCACGACAAUUUUGAUUUCAUGGUCGGUGAACCAACCCUUGGGGUGAAACCGGUUCUUGGUUUCUACGGCAGAUGGUACCAUCAAGUAAAAGCCGGCUAUACCUAUAAGAAACGUGAAGAUUCCUUCAAUCAAAAACAACCAUCUCCAACCCGCAUAACCGUGCACACCUCUCAUUCUCAAGAUACCAAAGGCCAAUAAUGAGGUGAAUAUAGUCACAAGCGACAAGGUAGUCC